AUGAAUGGUCGAAAUGGCCCCUUGUCGCCUGUUUCUGUAGGAGGAGGGAGCGAAUGGUCAGGUAUUUCAAAAUACCAGAACGGCGACGACUCUCCCUACUCUCCCAACAACCGUGGACAGCUUAUUUCACCGCCAAUUUCGAGUGGCUCCAACGGCACGAUGAACGGAUUCCCUCCCAGAGGAGAUUCUGGUGGGAGUCCAGGAGGACCUUCACCCCCAGCUUCGAUAGCGCGAUCGAGUGUUGGUACGGGAUUAUACGCACAGAGUGAGAGUGGAAGGAGCAGGAAGGACGAAUCAUUCGAAGCCACGCUUUCAGAACAUUAUGUCGCGCUCAAGAGAUAUCUGGCAGCGUCGCUGCGCGAUGAGAAGGGCAACCCGAGGCCGAACAAAGCAAGGGACAAGCUGCUACGGCUAUCACCUGUCCAGUUCCAAGAACUGAGUACAGACGUCUUCGACGAGUUGCUGCGGAGACAAGACAGUGGAAGGAGGACGCCAAAUGGGAACAGUGGAGGCCCACCACCAUAUCUCCUACCCAAGGAUUCAUUCCAUCCAAAGCGGAACCAGGCCAGACAAAAGCUCUCGACCCUACCACCUCCAAGGUUUCGCGACUUGGCAACUGAUGUCUUCUAUGAAUUGGAGCGGAGAUUCCCGCGCUUUGCAGCAGGAGAUAUGAGUCGCAUGGGAAGCCCUGCAUCUAUGCGAGGACCACCGAGUAGAAAUGGAAAUGGAACUCCCGUUAACGGGCUGGGAGGACGGCGCCGACCUUCAGAUGCAAGUUCUAUAGCAGCAUACUCUAUGAGAAGCGAAUCACGAAACGGGCCACGACCUCCAUUGAAUGGGAAUGGAGGACAGGGCAUACCACCGUCCCCUGGAAUGCCUCCUAAUGAUUACGGCCGACCAACUCCAAAGACAUUUCAGAGUAAUACGAUUGUCCCCAACAAGAGCACAAUGGUGGAAGACGAUGAGACCGGUGGGGAGGAUAAUGAUGACGAUGAUGGAGAUGCCUUUGGCCUAGAAGGGGCUGCGCAAAAUAGGGAAAGGAAGAAGAGCACGGGAGGUUCUGAAACCGACAAGAAGCUCAUUGAUGAUUACCAACAACAGGUUGCCGAGCUGCGAGAAAAGCUCGACGCCAUGGAAGACUCGCUCAAGCAAAAAGAUGACGAACUGAACAGCGUUCUGGAUGGUGAGAGAAGUCGAGCAACGGCAGCCAAUAUGGAAAAGAAGGAAUGGUCAGAUAUGAGAAUGGACCUGGAGAACAAGCUUGCGGAUGCACAAAAUCUCAACGAGUCUCUGCAGUCAGAAUUAGAUCGAGUCCGAAGCACUCAAACGCAACAAACGAAUACGGAGAGGGAACUACGCGCACAAUUAGAGGAUCUUCGUUCUAGUGGGGCUGGAUCAAGGGGCAUGGGCGGCAACGCUGAUCUGGAACGGGAAAAUGACGAGCUGAGAUCAGAACUUGAUCGACAACAAAGAGUGACUGAAGAAGUUCGACAGGAAGCUCAAGAAUUUCUCCGAGAAAUGCGUGUUCUUUCAGAACGAAGUGGACAGUCGUAUGAAAGAGAGGAUCAACUCUCGAAUACUGUCAACAAGUUAGAAGAGGAAGUCAAGGACUGGAGAAAUCGGUACGCCAGGACGAAGACGCAACUCCGCUCUCUAAGGGCAUCGUCCAUUGGUCUCACGAUUCAGCAAGAUGUGGCGAAGUACGCCAAGGACAGUGGCUUCACCCAAGAUGACGGUAUGGUCAAGGAUGUCCAUGUCACUAAAUUCCAGAUUUCGAUCGACGAGCUCUUGAGAACAGCACGCACCGAUGAUCCGGGGAGAGUCAACGAGUUCAUGAACUCUGUUAUUGUCAAUGUACGGAGGAUAACACAAGACAUUGACGAAGCACCACCCAGCAGCGGUGAAUUGGCUCUGCAGCAAGCUAAACUGAAGUCAAGGGUGUCAGCGACGGCAAACAACUUAAUCACAGCCUCGAAGAAUUUCAUUGCAGCAAGUGGACUUUCUCCAGUUUCAUUGCUUGAUGCUGCAGCUUCGCAUCUCACGGCAGCAGUGGUUGAGCUCGUCAGAACUGUCAAGAUACGGCCUACCCCGGCGGGAGAACUCGAAGAUGAUGAUGAUGGACAACUAGAACCUGUAGACACAACAGGAUUCUUCCCUGUCCGUGAUCCAAGACAAGACAACCCUCCCCCACCAUUCCAAGGGCUGCGGAGCAACCGCAUCAGCGCCGACUCUUCAAUGUACAGCCCCGUAAACUCGCCCCGUGAAUCAACAAAUAUGCGACCCAGAAGCUCAGGAAAGGAGUCUUGGGCCGGACGUAAUCGUUCCAUGUCUCGAGGCCAGAAUGGUAUGAUGAACGGAGUGAACAAGAACCUGCCUCCUGCACCAAUGGGCGUCGGUUUCGGCAUCAGAACCCAAGACAGUGAUGUCGAAGAACUCAAGAUCUACCUCGACGAUCAGACAGCCUUGUUGGUCCAGAAUAUCCAGUCACUUGUCUCAUCUAUCCGCUCAGAAGCAGGGAUUACAGCGAUUUCCACCCAAAUCACCGCUAUUGCUGAUGUCGUCGGCACCGUCGUGUCCUCGACCGAGACAGCUAUGUCAUCUACAGGCAACUCAUCAUUAAGAAAUCAAGGCGAGCCAAUCGUGCGGAAACUAGCGACGUUAAGACAGCGUAUCCUCGACGCAGGAGAGAAGGGCCGAGCAAUCGCCAACGAAGGAAGAGAAGACGACGAGGGCGAACGGACGUGGAGACAGUGGAAUCAAUCCUUGCCACCCAUCGCGUUCGAGAUCGCACGGGAGACGAAAGAGCUGGUGUUGAGAGUGGAUGUCAUUGACGGGGAACAGCAGAACGGUGGCAGAAGUGGGGAUGAUGAUUUCUCAUGA